AUGCCGUACAAUGACUGGAUGGGCGGACAGAACCAAUUCCAAGACAUGCACUCGCUUCACCCGUCGUACAUGUUCAAUGCUCAUGAAGUCACCAACGAGUACAACUUGCUAGGAGAUUUCCUUAACAAUAGUCUACUGGAUGAUGGAGCUAUAUUCCAGAAUCAAGACAUGCAGGGCAUUUACUCUGAUCCAUCGGUGAUGAACUCGAUGAACAACUCCCUGAACAUGCCCGAUGGCUUGCCACCCCAACAACUUCCUCCACCGGCACAAAGCUUGGCGCCGCAAGCCGACUCAAUCCAACGCCCAACGUCAACAGUCGGGAAUGAUAAGGCGCGCGAGACAUACUACAUGACUGCCGCAGACCCAUCAGGCUCGGACCCGCCAGAGGAACGUAUGAACAAACUUCUUAAAGCCAAGUACGACGCGGGCUUGUUGAAACCAUUUAACUAUGUCAAGGGUUACGCCAGGCUCAAUCAGUACAUGGAAAAGAACAUGCAACAACAGUCCCGCCAAAAGAUCCUAGGACAGCUGGGGAAGUUCCGGCCCAAGUUUCGAGAGCGCAUGCAAAGUCUAACCGACAUUGAACUGAUUCUCGUGGAGAUGUGGUUCGAGCGAAGCCUAAUGGAAUAUGACCGCGUCUUCGCCAGUAUGGCCAUCCCAGCCUGCUGCUGGCGUCGAACAGGCGAGAUUUUCCGAGGCAACAACGAAAUGGCACAGCUCAUUGACGUUCCAAUCGAGAGUCUUCGCGACGUACGAAUAUUCUAUCUACAACUCCCUGAAAGAUUACUGACCUCUCCUCCAGGGCAAACUUGCGAUCCACGAAAUCAUAGUUGA